AUGAAGUUCAUCAUAUUUCUCGGCUUAACAAACUUAGUCUGUGGUAUAAAUUUAAGUGAAACGUUUAGAAACAGCGCUUUCGGAUAUCAUGCCAAGGUUGGAAUUCCUUUAGCUGAAAGAAUACAAAGAGAUGAAAAUAUUUUUUUCAAUUCUAGAAUUGUUGGAGGUGUACCAGCCGUCGCUGGACAAUAUCCUUUUAAAGCCGGACUAAUUGGAGAUAUAAUUGGAUUUGAUGGUGUUAGCGUAUGCGGUGGAUCCCUUAUCCAUCCUUCAAAGGUUGCUACAGCUGCGCACUGCUGGAAUGACGGUGAAAACCAAGCAUGGCGUUUUACCGUCGUGCUUGGUUCUAGCUUAUUGUUCAGCGGCGGAACGAGACUUGCUUCAAGCGUUGUUGUCGCUCAUCCAGACUGGAACCCUAAUUUGUUUAAGAAUGAUGUUGCUGUGAUAUAUUUAACCUAUGAAGUAGAAACAUCAAGUAUCAUUGCACCUAUCGCUUUACCGUCCGGUCCUGAACUGUUUGAAAAUUUUAAAGGAGAAGCUGCAAUUGCAAUUGGAUUUGGUAUCACAAGUAAUGAUAACGGAAUUGCAUCUAAUCAGUUCUUAAGUCAUGUACGCUUGACUGUAAUUUCGAACAAUAUUUGCAAUUUGGUGUUCCCAUUUAUUUUGCAAACAUCCAACAUCUGUACUAGUGGUUUUGGAUUUAUUGGUACUUGCGGUGGAGACUCCGGUGGUCCUCUUAUUAUUUACAGGAAUAAUGAGCCUAUAUUAAUUGGCAUUGCAUCAUUCGGUUCGGCCUUAGGUUGUGAAAUCGGCCUCCCGUCCGUUUACUCCAGAGCAACAUCAUAUGUGGACUUCUUCAACCAACACUUAAAACAAUAA